GUGCGCAUGCCCAAUUAACGCGAAGUACUACCUGUACCUGGUGUUCCGGUAAAAAUGUUAACGUUACACCAGCAAGACCAGAGUCAAUGACCAACGGGACAUGCUGGCUUUUUACAGUUUCACGCGGUGAAACCAUCUGGACAGAUGGUGGGUUCGGUACCCGAAUCCUGCUGGACCUAAUCUCGAGUUUAUCAUGCUAGAACACUGAUAAGAUUAGAUUGCGACCACUACGAUUUGUGUCUGUGAUAAUACAAGAUAAAGGUGAUGAGUGCGGUCGACGAGAAACUGAACAAGAAAAUGCAUGAGCUGUUCAUGCAAGUGCUCAAGAACAGGGACCUGUCUCGGGCUGGUGAUCUGUUCUCUUUGCCCGAUUCGGUCAUUGUCAACGAUUUGACCACUGUGCUGAAGGAGAUAACAUCAAUAGCAUCACUGCCCGGAUACUCGAGCUGCGACAACGACCAGAGCGUGGUGGAAAUAUGCAUCACAAGAGUGAUAUCCUGCAUCCGAGAUACGGGAACGGUGGAGCAGCAUUGCGACGCGUUGGUCACGUUGUUGGAGUCGUGUCUGCAUCACAAUUUGCAAGUGUCCGCCCGGGAUGAGGAUCCGCCCCACGCCAAAAUUUCCAGCGACAUUAUCUCUUGCAUUUUUCUGAAUUAUGGCAAGAAGUCGGUUAUGGAACGUGCCCUGCCGGUGGCGGUAAAAUUCCUGCACAAAGGAAACAAGGAGUUAUCCCGGAAUAUGGCCUCUUAUUUAUCACUCGCAGCAAUGGAACACGCCACCCUUUUAACACCCCACGUACAGCCCAUCAUGGAUUCGAUCAUUUCCGGCAACUAUCCUUUAUGCCGGGUCCUACCGAACAUUUACGAGGUGUCACCGGAUCCGUUUCCUGGCCACGUGAUGGCUCUGGUAUCUCUGUUACCUCAGUGCGACAACCAGGAGAAACUAGCCCUGCUGAACCUCUUCUCCCUCAUCGCCAAGGACAAUCCAUCAUUGCUGGAGGCCAGCGUGCCGCAGCUGUGCGAGUACCUCAGCAACUCGGUGACCGCGUCGCCGACCCUGCAAAUCUUCCUGCACAUGGCCGAGAAAAAGCCGGCCCUCCUGGCCGACCACGUGGGCGCCAUGAAGGAGGCGGCCGAGAAGCAUCCCCACACCGUGUGCCUGGCCGCCCAGGUGAUCGGGGCCAUCGGGAAGUUGAGUAAGGACAGGGCGCAAGAUGCGUUGAACUUCGUCCUGGAGUACUUGCCUAAGGCUGAUAAGGGGUCGCAGAGCACCUUGCUGAGGGAGGCCACCUUGUUGUGCAGCUCCUAUCCCGUCCUCUUCACCGAUAAGGUUUUGGUUGGGGUUAGGCAGAGGAAUCACGCCAGCACAAAUCAAAUCAACACGACUCAACAGCAGCAAAUUGUGUCUGGAGGUGUGACCAUAGUGAAAGUUGGAGGGCUACACCAAAACCAACAGCAGGGCUACACCAGAAGGGCUAAACUGGGCGACUCCAGGAGCACGGGGAGGCUGCACACUCCCUCCAACACCAACACACACCGCAGCAUGACCAGACUGAACAUCACCAGUGGGUCCAUUGGAGGGUUGCACAAAAGCAUGACUAGAUUGAGCUCUUCCCAGCAGAUCAACACGUUGACUAACCACACUUCUAGCAACGUCAUUGUGACCAACACCAACAAGUGGACACCAAGCAAUCACGUUUCUAGUGGAGGAGUUACAGUCACCACCAUAUCACCUCCAAAAAUACAACGUCCUUUAAGCCAAGGUCCUUUGACACUCGGCAACUCACAUACCCAGUCGCCAGUUUGUCCGUUGCUGCUGACGCCUCUGCACUUAAGGACCAGCAACUCAGUGACGGUUAGCUCCGGUUACACAGGUCCUGUGUCGAGUGGGCAAGUGUCAGUUUUGACAACGGGCCACAGUCACAUGAAUAAUACUCAAACGAUUCCUGUGGGGUCGAGCUUACGCAACCAGACGCCUCCACUGACUGACAGUUUAAGUGCCACCAACGCCGGGAGUGGUAACGUCAACAUAAGUGGCCCAACGACGGUGAUAGCAAGACGGGCCAACAACACGACCGUAACACUCAUCAACACCAACCAAAACUCCACGGAGAACCAAAGGAUGAGCGUGUUUGAGCCGUACCCGAUGCGUGACACCAUCCAGCACUUCUGCGAGAAACACCUGGACAAAAUAAAGUCGUACAUGGACAUGGUGUCGUUGAGGAUGCCGUCCCCUGCUAAGUGUACCAUCGAGGAGAAACGUCAGAAGAAGUCGGCCAAGCUGCAUUUCGCCUGCCAGAGCAGGGGCCAGCACUGUUUGUAUUCGAAGACUUAUUUCACGAUGAGGACCAGGAACCCCAAGAUUUGGAUACACCUCAUGUUUAUAUCGUUGCAGGCGAGACAUUCCCACGCGCUAAGUUCCCGGGACGCCCAAGUGGCCAGCCUGAAGCAUUGUUGGGACAUCCUGAAGUGCGAGAACAAAACGUUCCUGACGGUGGUGACGAGCGCCUUUCCCUGUGCAAAGGACCAGGAGAUCCUCAUAAACGAGCUCCGCUCAUCGGGAUACUUUGACGUCUUCCAAUUGUGUCCGAGGAAUCCGGACGAUCCGGUCGAGGGUGGUUUGGCGCUGAAAUGGGGAUGUUUUCUUUGCGCACAUCCCGAACGGGCGGUCGGUUUUCUCAGAGGUGAUGCACAGCCGGUUAUAGAGGGACAAUUAAAGGAGAAAAAGGGGAAGUGGCGGCUUUUCAGGAGGUGGCGGACAAGAUAUUUUACAUUGUCAGGGGCACAUUUGUCGUGUAGAGGCUCGAGCGGCGGCGAAUCAAUCGACGUGAACCAGAUCCGUUCGGUGAAGGUGUCGAGGGGCGCGAGGAACAUACCGAAGGCGUUCGAAAUAUUCACCGGCAACCAGACGUUGAUCCUGAAGCCGAAGGACGGCAAGAAUGCGGAGGAGUGGGUCCAGUGUUUGAACAUCGUGGUGGCCCACUCCCAUGCCAAGGAGCUGCCGGGCAAAAGCAAUUCGUUACCCGCACGGGGUAUCAGUUCUAGUCGAACAGUCAUUUGAAAGACCGACGGGGGGGCGACGUUCGUUUUUUAAUUUAUUCGUCACUGGAAUCGUGCGGACUUGAUGUUGAGGAUGAAGUACAAAAAACAACAUGUAGAACGUGUCAGGAGGAAGUUUUACACUUGAUGAGAUGAAGUCAAAUUUCAUUUUUGUUAAGUUGCUUUAAAUCACAUAUAUUUUUGUAUAUUUUUUAUUGUUAAUUUGUUUAUAUUUUAUACUCAGUUGUAUAGUAAAAUAAAUAUUUUAUUCAUUUUUAA